AUGUAUGGUUCUCAUGCAUAUGAAUUCAAACAGUUUACAACAUCACAAAUUUGUGAUGUUUGUGAUGAAUUAAUUGAUUCAAAAAAAUCACCAAAUGAAGGAAUACGAGCACUUCAAUGUCGUGAUUUUUUAAAUGUUUGUCAUGAAAAAUGUCGACCAAUAGCAUCAUAUAAAUCAUGUCAACGAAUUGGUGUUAGUGGAUCAUCAGAUUCUCAAAUUGUUGUUAAUUCAACUCGAUUUGAAAAAGGCAGUGUUACAGGUGUUUAUGAUCAUCAUGGAUUAUCGCAUCCAUUUUCAUCAUCAAGUGUAACUGGAAAUAAUUCAGGUCUACAACAUCGAACACAUGAAGGUCAUUUAUUAAAACAAUGGAAAGAACAAUGUUUUGUACUUGAUUCUGUACGACAUGAGCUUCGAUAUUAUGAUAGUAGUGAUGAUCAAACAGCAAAAGGUGUUAUUCUUUUAGCUAAUGCUGUAGAAAUUCUUCCUUAUACUGGUCCAUUGCCAAAUGCAUUAAGACGAUUUGAUAGUCGAGCCGCUUUUGAAUUACAUUCAAAUCGUCGUAUUUAUAAUUUUAUAGCUGCAAUACCUCAAGAUGUUCAAACAUGGACCGAAAAAAUCAAAUCAUGUCUUCUAGAUUCUUAG